AUGAAGAAGUUCUUUCAUACAAAAGAAAAAAACAGAAAAAAAAAAAAAAAGAGAAGAAGAACUUCUAAACUAUCUUUUCCUAGCCUUUUUUCUCCUGCGGUGAGCUUUAAAAUGGCAAGCAAAUUGAAUUCGUACCACAGUAAAUAUGGGACAUUGAAGUCAUUGUUGGCAAACAUUGGCAAUCUCACCAGAUCCAAAGCGCAUAAGCGAUGGCGAAUUGCUUACCUAGCAAUAUGCUUUUCUAUGUCUCUGUCAAAAACAGUACUAUCAAGGGCAGGUACCUAUGGAGCAUUUUGGAAGUAUGGCUCCCCUUCUUUCACUAUCAUUGAGGUAGAGCCAAUGAUAGAUUUUCGGCGCCUUGAUCAACAAUUGUUAUCAUCAGAUUUUGCAUUGCCACAGAGGGGUAAUGCAAAUGGCUCUUCCCUUGCCAACAUUGACCAAAACUUGCUCGCAGAACUGGUGAAGAACAAAAACUUGGAAUACUUUGAAAGCUUAGGCAGGGUGGAGGGCCUGGCAAAAACUCUGAAUACAAACUUGGACAACGGAGUCAAAGGUGACGAAAAUGAUAUAAAUGCAAGGCGCGACUUGUUUGGUUCCAACACUUACCAAAAACCACCUCCACUUGGGCUACUUUACUUUAUCAUUGAAGCCUUGAAGGAUACUACCAUUCUCAUCCUCCUUGGCUGUGCAGCGCUUUCACUUGGCUUUGGUAUCAGAGAGAACGGAGCAAAAGAAGGUUGGUACGAAGGCGGCAGCAUCAUUGUGGCUGUCUUUCUUGUUGUGGUAGUUUCCGCGGGCAGCAAUUUUCGUCAAGAAAGACAGUUUGACAAGCUCUCAAAGAUAAGUGACAAUAUCCAAAUUGAUGCUGUCAGAGAUGGAAGGCGCCAAAAGGUUUCCAUUUUCGAUAUUUUGGUGGGAGAUAUCGUCUUCCUCAGCAUAGGAGAUCAAAUUCCAGCAGACGGGGUCUUCAUAGACGGGCACUCCCUCCAGGUUGACGAAUCAAGUAUGACCGGAGAGAGUGAUCAUGUACAAGUUGACUCCACUCAGAAUCCAUUCCUAAUCUCUGGUUCGAAAGUAGCAGAUGGUUAUGGAAGAAUGCUUGUGACAUCGGUAGGAACCAACACUUCAUGGGGAGAAAUGAUGAGCUCCAUCACUCGCAAUUCCAAUGAGCAAACGCCGUUACAAGCACGCCUAAACAAACUAACCUCGUCCAUUGGUAAAGUCGGUCUAGCUGUAGCAUUUAUCGUGCUGAUCGUGCUGCUGGUACGGUAUUUCACUGGAAAUACACAAAAGGAUGGGAAAACAGAAUACCAAGGAUCUAAGACGAAUAUAAACGAUGUAUUCAAUUCCAUUCUGCGUAUUGUUUCGGCUGCAGUCACUAUUGUAGUGGUUGCGAUUCCUGAGGGGCUCCCGCUGGCUGUAACACUAACACUGGCUUACUCAAUGAAAAGAAUGAUGGCUGAUCAGGCAAUGGUCCGAAAGCUUUCAGCUUGCGAGACCAUGGGAUCAGCAACAGUAAUAUGUACCGAUAAAACGGGAACAUUAACAUUGAAUCAGAUGAAAGUAACCAAGUUUUGGUUCGGGGACGAACACAUUGCAGAAAGGUACAAGGACCUGAUUCAUGAAGAUGUCCUUGAAAUGUUAUACCUAGCCAUUGGUUUGAAUACCACAGCUAGCAUCUACAAAUCUGAAUCAGGAUCCGGCGUACCCGAGUUUACAGGUAGCCCAACUGAGAAGGCAAUCUUAUCAUGGGCUGUCCAGGACUUGAGCAUGGAUAUGGACAAAGUUAAAAGAAAUUACUCAAUCAUUCACGUCGACACCUUCAAUUCAGAGAAAAAAAGGAGUGGGGUAUUAAUACGGAGGAAGGCUGAUAAUACUCAUCAAGUACACUGGAAAGGAGCAGCGGAGAUUCUAUUAGCCCUGUGCUCAAGUUAUUAUCAAAGCAAUGGAGACCUGAAGCCAAUCAAUGAAGAACAAAGAACACAAUUCAAGAAGAUUAUUGAAGGAAUGGCAGCAAGCAGCCUCCGAUGCAUUGCAUUCGCUCAUAAACAGAUUACAGAUGCAGAAAUGCAACAAAAUGAAAACCCGAAAAGGCUAAAAGAAGAUGACUUGACCUUACUUGGAAUAGUUGGCAUCAAGGAUCCAUGCAGACCAGGGGCAAGGAAGGCCAUUGAAACUUGCAGGGCUGCUGGAGUAGACAUCAAAAUGAUCACAGGAGAUAACGUCUUCACCGCGAAAGCAAUCGCCACAGAAUGCAGAAUCCUGGAGCCUAAUCAUCAUCAUCAUCAGCAACAACAACAAAACAGCUGGGAAGUUAUCGAAGGCGUCCAAUUCAGAAACUGCACAGAAGAAGAGAGAAUGCUGAGAAUCGACGAAAUCCGGGUCAUGGCGAGAUCAUCCCCAUUCGACAAGCUCUUAAUGGUACAAUGCCUAAAACAAAAAGGCCAUGUCGUGGCAGUCACCGGGGACGGCACAAACGACGCCCCUGCCCUCAAAGAAGCUGAUAUCGGACUUUCCAUGGGGAUUCAGGGCACCGAAGUCGCGAAAGAGAGCUCCGACAUAGUCAUCCUGGACGACGAUUUCGCCUCCGUAGCCACAGUCCUGAAAUGGGGUCGAUCCGUUUACAACAACAUCCAGAAAUUCAUUCAAUUCCAGCUCACAGUAAACGUGGCAGCCCUCGCAAUCAACUUCAUCGCCGCGGUUUCUGCCGGAGAAAUUCCCCUGACGGCGGUUCAAUUACUCUGGGUAAACCUGAUUAUGGACACAUUGGGUGCUCUGGCGCUCGCAACAGAGCGGCCAACCAAGGAGCUUAUGGAUAAACCGCCCGUCGGCCGAACCGAACCGCUGAUUACGAAAAUCAUGUGGAGAAAUCUGUUAGCACAAUCAUUGUACCAAAUUAUCAUCCUACUGACACUGCAAUUCAGGGGGAAAUCCAUCCUUAACGUCAAUACAGGGGUGAAAGAUACCAUAAUCUUCAAUACGUUCGUGCUUUGCCAAGUAUUCAAUGAAUUCAAUUCGAGGAAACUGGAGAAGCAAAAUGUGUUCGAGGGUCUUCAUAAAAACCGGCUGUUCGUCGGGAUUGUGACGGUGACGGUCGUGCUUCAGUUCGUGAUGGUUGAAUUUCUGAAGAAAUUUGCGGAUACGGAGAGAUUGAAGUGGAACCAAUGGAUGAUUUGUAUUGGAAUGGCAGCUUUGACUUGGCCGAUUGGAUUCGUGGUGAAGUUGAUACCCGUCACUCCAAAGCCGUAUUUGAAUUUGUUAAGAAGCAUGCGUUCAAGGUGA